AAAGAACUCAAUCAUGUUAUAUACAUUCUUUCUUGCUCGCAUAUUUUUGUCUCUCUCUCUCUCAUAGUUGUCUGCUUCUCUCUCUUACCAUUUUAACAAGUCAUUCUCUGCAUCAGCUUUUCUUUAACAAUGCAGACAAGAACUGUACAAGUGAAGAACCUGUCAGAUCUAGCUACUGAGAGGGAGAUUCAUGAGUUCUUUUCUUUCUCUGGUGAAAUUGAGCACAUUGAAAUCAUAAGUGAAGCUGGUCAAUCAAAGACUGCAUAUGUUACAUUCAAGGAUCCGAAAGCUCUUGAAAUCGCCUUGUUAUUAUCGGGGGCAACAAUCAUUGACAAGAUUGUGACGAUAAUUUCUGUUGAAAAUUAUGUACCAAAUCUUGAGAUUCAUGAAUCAAGAGCGGCGGACAACAUUGUGUCUAUUGCUCCUGCUGGGCAUAGUGCAUCAAAUGAUGAGCAGGGCAGAAUGAGUCCACCUGGCAGUGGAAGAAUGUAUGUUAGUAGGGCGCAAGAUGUUGUUGCUAGCAUGUUGGCGAAAGGUUCUGCCAUACGACAAGAUGCAGUUAACAAAGCUAAGGCUUUUGAUGAGAAACAUCAAUUGAGAGCCAGUGCAUCUGCCAAGGUCAUGUCGUUUGACCGGAGAGUCGGGCUGACUGAGAAACUGACUGUAGGGAUCUCAGUGGUUAAUGAGAAAGUAAAAUCAGUGGAUCAAAGGUUGCAGGUGUCGGAUAAAACAAUGGCUGCAAUAUUUGCAGCAGAGAGGAAAAUAAAUGACACGGGAUCAGCCGUCAAAUCUAGCAGGUACGUAACUGCUGGGACAGCUUGGUUAAAUGGUGCGUUCAGCAAAGUUGCAAAGGCUGGGCAGGUUGCCGGAACAAAAACCAAAGAAAAGUUCAACCUAGCCAUGUCAAACUUGACAGCCAAGGAUGGAAUUGCAGUGUAAGUUGGAAAUUUAUGGUGUUAAGGUCGCAUCGCAUCGGAUCGCCUUGUUAUAAUGUUUCAUCGGGUGGAGAUUCUUGUGAUAGAGUGCACAAAGUUGUGUUCAGUUUUGGGUAUUGUGGUGUAUUUGAUUUGAGGUUUUGUUUACAAUAUUAUUCUUUGAUUAGUAGAGGGUAUUGUGUUGUAAUUUUCAAGCCUUUUAGAUUUGGUUUUCAGCUCAGGAAAAGGAAAAAGAAGCUGUAAUUCAUGUUAGCAUUCUGCACGCUCACUCUUUUUUCUGCCUUAAAAGACGAGACCUCAAAUUGCAGGCUUAUGUUUUUUUAGAUUGAUGUGAAAUUGAAGCUCGACUAAAACUCCAUCUCAA